AAAAGGUGGGAAGAAAAGUUCAUAGCUCUUUUUUGGUUAUGACUCGUCUCUGUUCUUUUUUUCUUCUGUUUCGUUCGUUGGUACCACUCUUUGAAUCUCUCGUUUCUUUUCAAGUACUUCUUGUUUCUCCGGAUAAACUCUAACUCCAUUGAGUAUUAAACUCUUGUCAUGUCAUAUGACAUUUAAAGAUCUUUAAGAAAUUUGGUGUAGUGACGACUACAUUUUGAAAAUUUCUCUGUUUAUUUCCCAUCUCCGACUUUUAAUUACGGGAAGCUGGAGAUUGAUUCGGUUUCAGCUUCAUAUGAUACGAGACUGAAACAGAGUUGCAACAAUGGCGAAGCGUGGAUACAAGCUGCAGGAGUUCCUGGCACAUUCAGCAAAUGUGAAUUGUCUAAGUAUCGGAAAGAAGACAUCACGUCUCCUUCUAACCGGAGGAGAUGACUGCAAGGUCAACCUCUGGUCAAUCGGCAAAUCUACCUCUCUAACGAGUCUUUGUGGACAUACAAGCCCUAUUGACUCAGUAACUUUCAACACAGAAGAAGCUUUGGUCCUCGCUGGAGCUUCUUCUGGUGUGAUUAAGCUCUGGAAUCUACAAGAAGCAAAGGUGGUUCGAGGUUUUACUGGACAUAUAUCAAACUGUUCUGCUCUUGAGUUUCAUCCGUUUGGUCAAUACCUUGCGUCCGGAUCUAGUGACGCAAAUCUAAAGAUUUGGGAUAUCAGAAAGAAAGGAUGCAUCCAAACAUACAAAGGUCACACUCGUGGCAUUAGUACUGUCAAAUUCACUCCUGAUGGGCGUUGGUUAGUGUCUGGUGGACUUGACAACGUUGUAAAGAUUUGGGAUAUAACUGCUGGAAAGCUACUGCAUGAGUUUAAGUUUCAUGAUGGACCUAUUCGUUCCCUAGACUUCCACCCUCUUGAGUUUCUCCUAGCCACUGGUUCUGCAGACAGGACAGUGAAGUUCUGGGAUUUAGAAACGUUUGAAUUGAUUGGAUCUACUAGACCAGAGGCCACUGGAGUUCGCUCAAUUGCUUUUCAUCCAGAUGGACAAACCCUUUUCUGUGGAUUGGAUGAUGGCUUGAAGGUUUAUUCAUGGGAACCAGUGAUAUGCCGGGAUAGUGUUGAUAUGGGAUGGUCAACCCUUGGUGACAUGUGCAUCAACGAAAACAAGUUCGUUGGCUGUUCAUAUUACCGAAACUCUGUUGGGAUUUGGGUCUCAGAUAUAUCGAAACUUGAGCCGUAUGGAGCUGGAUCUGAGGAUGAGAAUGAAUGCAUGGUGAAAAGAUUCAGUGCCUUGGAUGAGCAGGCUUCUGAGAGAAUGAAGAGUGGCUCAAGGGGGAGUUCAUCCCCGGACUAUGAGACAAAAGAGAUAAAGAACAUAUACGUUGACUCCAUAGGUGGAAAUUUAAAAGCGGCUAUUAGGAAGAGCGAGAAGCAGAAUGCAGAUGACAAGUCUUCCAGGAUGCAUAGUGUUGUGGAUAGUGAUAGUGGGGAAGAAUCUUCUCACUCAAGAAGUGAAUCUGUCGCUUCCUCAAAAAAUAGUCCGGGAAUGAUGCUAAGACCAGCUCAUGUUAGAAAGACUCUAGCAAAGUUUGAAGAAUCAGCGUCUGUUCAUUCUGGAACUCGGAAGAAAAGCUCACAGGAUGUUGAAGAGGAGACACAAACUCGAAAUGCUGAAGACUCAACCAUCAAGGGGAUUAUGUACAAGUUUGAAAAAGCUUUAUCAUCCGAACCACCAACUGAUGAAGCAACUCGUAUGCUGCAUAAGCCACCUCGUGUACAGAGGUCAUCCUAUAACAACAACUACAAUGAGUCAAGACGAGCAAUGUCUGUUGAUUCUGGAACUUUGAACGACAGCAAAGGUGGAAUGGAGCACUCAGGAGACUUGCCGGCAAGUAGAAUCUUAUGCAACGAGGAUAUAAAUAGCCAGCACAUUGUCACCAAAACUGAAAGAGUUGUUUCACCAGAAAAGCCUGGUGAUGAACAGACAAUAAAAGUUGUCUCCGGGAGGACACGCUCGUUGGUGGAGAGGUUUGAGAGAGGAGAAAAAAUUACUCAUACCGAAGAAGCAGAUAAUACUAAUGCAGUGGAGCAAGAUCCGCAUAAGACGUCAAGACAGACAGGUGAAACUCCUGUAGUAGUAUCUACACGGCGAGCUAGAAGUACUCCAGCUCGAGUGAUGCCUAUAGUACUCAACCGAGAUAGUAACAUAAAAUCUGAUGAGUCUCCUUCAACACAACCAGCUAGGACUUCUUCAGUUCCAGUGAUACUCAACCAGUCUACCAAUGAUGAGCCUUCUGUAACAUUAACACAAUCUAGAACCUCUCCAGCCCGGACAUUGCCUUUGACACUCAAUCAGGCAACACAUAUUGUUAUGUCAAGAAGACCACGUAGGACUUCCUCAGCUCGAGUAAGGCCUAUGUCACUUAGUCAGGCAGUGAGAAUGACAUCCCAUGAGUGUUCUGUAACAUCAACGCGUCCAGAUAGGACUUCUCCUCCCCGUGUAAUGCCCACAAAACUCAAUCAAACUGAUGAUAUGGCAUCGGAUACAUCUCAUAUCACAUCCAGGCGCCGAACUAGUCCAACUCAGAUGCUAGCUACACCCACUGAGAUUGAUAAUCUGGUUGAUAUGGCUCAGGAUGAGACACAUGUAUCGUCACAAACUGAUAGUGACAUCACUGAGAAUCUAAUGCAAACUCAUGAGGAGUUCUUAAGCACUCUUCAAUCUAGAUUGACAAAGUUACAAAUUGUUAGGCAUUUUUGGGAACGUAGUGAUGUUAAAGGGGCAAUAGGGGCUUUGAGAAAGUUGACAGAUCAGUCUGUUCAAGCAGAUGUGAUCAGUAUUCUAACAGACAAGAUAGAGAUUCUUACAUUGGAUAUGUUCUCUCAAUUGGUCCCUGUCCUUACAAGCUUAUUGGGUAGCAGGACAGAAAGGCCUGUUAAUGUGUCCUUGGACAUGCUCUUGAAGCUCGUAGCAGUGUUCGGUACAGUUAUACGCUCAACUGUCUCAGCUCCAAGGAUAGUCGGCGUUGAUCUUCAUGCGGAUGAAAGGAUACAAAUCUGCCAAGUUUGUUCUACGGGACUGCACAAGAUUCAAAGGAUUCUGCCAAUUCUCGCAAGAAGAGGCGGUCUAAUAACAAGAAAGGCUCAAGAACUAAACCUUGUUCUUCAACAAACAUAGCCACAUGCAAAGCAAACAAUGAUCAUGGAGCUGCUCUGCAAGUUCUUGUUAACUGUAAAUUGCAAAGAAGCGCCUUGUGUCUCACCGAACUUUUUUUAAUAUCUGCGGAUUCAUAUAUAUUAGUGAGAAAGGAAAUAUUUAAAUCUCUAGAACUAAUUUGGUAUAUGGUUGUAAAUCAAAUCAUAUAAUUGGCCUGAGUAGCUUCAAUUCUUGAUUUGUUUGUUGUCAUC